AACUUUGUCGUUUCAUUUAGGAGGUUGCAGGUUGAAAAUUCCAGAAUAGAACGAGCUGCAACAACCAACACAAGCAGCACCAACCUCCUUCUUUCUCUUCUCUUCUUUUUCUCUUUCGCGCCCAAUUCGCCUUAUUCUCCUCCAUCUCCAAUUCACUCCCUUUCCACUUUUUCUCUCCACACUUUCAUUUCCGUCGAAUCCUCGAUCGGAACCGGCGAUCAGACCGAACGACACUCCGCGCCGGAAUACUAUAGAAGGUGGAUUGGGCUUUCAUAAUUGGAAUGAAUAUUGUUUAGCUCACUCAUAAGCAUUUUGAUGGAAGAAAACGAAGAAACAAAAGAGAUAAAGAUAUCUGGAAAUGAAUUAGAUACUGAUGAAAUAGUAGAUAGUGGUGUAAAACAAUUUAUUGGGAGUCCUCAUCAGCAAAAUGUAAAUUCUAGCAGCAGUGUUGGGGUUGAAUUUAUAGAUGAAAGGGCUAACUUGCAAGAACAAGUUAUUGAUUCUGUAACUACAGUAAUGGACGAUGACCAGUUUGAGCAAGUAUCUUUGAAAGACCAAGAUAAGAGUAAUGAGUAUGAGGAUUCAAACCGCUCGUCUGGUUCUGAUAGUAAACAACAUCCAUAUGGUGGAAAUGCAGAGGAUUUUCAACAAUCAUUUGGAUCAAACUCAAUAGAGAAUGAUUCUUCACCAGUUGCAGACAUGAAUCAAGAUAAUCUUUCUUAUAGUCCUGGGUCAGAAGGACAUUAUGGUCAUACAUCUAAGCAUUUUUCCGCAUCAAUUAAUUUUGAUUCUAGCGGAUAUUCUACUUUUAAUUCUCCACCAAAGCCAAGACAGAAACAUGCAAAGCCAAAUGUUUCUCCAGAACUGCUCCACUUAGUUGAUUCUGCUAUUAUGGGGAAACCUGAAGGUAUGGACAAGUUGAAGAAUAUCGCAAGUGGUGUAGAAAUUUUUGAUGGUGGGGAAGAAAUGGACAGUGUGCCUUUCUUAAUUGUAGAUUCCCUUCUUGCAACAAUGGGUGGUGUGGAAAGUUUUGAAGAAGAUGAAGAUAAUAAUCCUCCCAGUGUGAUGCUGAAUUCCCGGGCUGCCAUUGUGGCAGGUGAACUUAUUCCUUGGCUUCCUUAUGCAGGUGAUACAGAUGAUGUGAUGUCACCAAGGACACGGAUGGUAAGGGGACUACUUGUGAUAUUAAGGGCUUGUACUAGAAAUAGAGCAAUGUGCUCAAUGGCUGGAUUGUUAGAAGUGUUGUUGAGAACAGCAGAAAAAAUUUUCACUGUGGAUGUUGGCUUGAAUGGUCAAAUGAGGUGGGAUGGAACUCCUUUGUGUCACUGCAUACAAUAUUUAGCUGGUCAUUCUCUCAAUGUGAGUGAUCUUUAUAGAUGGUUUCAAGUAAUUACAAAAACACUUACAACAGUUUGGGCUCCUCGAUUAACACUAGCAUUGGAGAAGGCAAUAAGUGGAAAGGAGUCAAUGGGACCAGCUUGCACCUUUGAGUUUGAUGGUGAAAGUUCUGGUUUGCUUGGUCCAGGCGAAAGCCGUUGGCCAUUUAUCAAUGGAUAUGCUUUUGCAACAUGGAUCUACAUUGAAUCAUUUGCAGACACAUUAAAUACAGCUACAGUUGCUGCUGCAAUUGCUGCUGCUGCAGCAGCUAGGUCUGGUAAAUCAUCAGCUAUGUCAGCUGCUGCUGCAGCUAGUGCACUUGCUGGUGAAGGUACAGCACACAUGCCAAGGCUGUUCAGUUUUUUAUCCGGUGAUAAUCAGGGUAUAGAGGCUUAUUUCCAUGCUCAAUUUUUGGUUGUUGAAACUGCUAGUGGAAAGGGAAAGAAAUCUUCUUUGCAUUUUACCUAUGCUUUCAAACCACAAUGCUGGUACUUCAUUGGUCUUGAACAUAUAGGCAAGCAUGGAAUUCUUGGGAAAGCAGAAAGUGAAGUCAGAUUGUAUAUAGAUGGAUCUUUGUAUGAAAGUCGCCCUUUUGAGUUCCCUCGAAUUUCCAAACCUCUUGCCUUUUGCUGCAUAGGAACUAACCCUCCUCCUACUAUGGCUGGUUUGCAACGCCGCCGUCGCCAAUGUCCUCUGUUUGCUGAGAUGGGUCCUGUUUACAUAUUCAAGGAACCAAUUGGCCCAGAAAGAAUGUCAUGCAUGGCUUCUAGAGGUGGGGAUAUAGUUCCUUCUUUUGGUAAUGCUGCUGGGCUACCAUGGCUAGCCACAAAUGCGUAUGUGCAGAACAAGGCAGAGGAAAGUGUGCUUUUGGAUGCAGAUAUAGGAGGUUGCCUUCAUCUGCUCUAUCAUCCCAGUUUGCUCAGUGGGCGUUUCUGUCCUGAUGCUUCACCCUCUGGUGCUUCAGGAACUCUUCGUCGUCCAGCUGAGGUUCUUGGGCAGUUCCACGUGCUACCCCUCCUGCGUCCUGUGGAUGCUUUAUGGGCAUUGUCCUAUGGUGGUCCCUUGUCUUUGCUUCCUUUGACUAUAAGCAAUCUACAUGAAAAUACUCUGGAACCUCAGCAAGGGAGGUCACCUUUGUCUUCAGCCACCACUUCUCUGGCUGCCUCAAUAUUUAGAAUUAUAUCCACAGCUAUUCAACAUCCAAGGAACAAUGAAGAAUUGGCUCGUGGUAGAGGACCAGAGGUUCUAUCAAAAAUUUUAAAUUAUCUUCUCCGAACUCUAUCUUCACUUGAUGUUAGAAAGCAUGAUGGUGUAAAAGAUGAGGAACUUGUUGCUGCUGUUGUAUCCCUUUGUCAAUCUCAGAAGAUCAACCAUGCACUUAAAGUGCAGCUCUUCACUACACUGUUGUUAGAUUUAAAAAUUUGGAGUUUGUGUAGUUACGGCAUACAAAAGAAGCUUUUAUCAUCUCUUGCAGAUAUGGUUUUCACUGAGUCAAUGGUAAUGCGAAAUGCUAAUGCCAUUCAGAUGCUUCUUGAUGGCUGCAGAAGAUGUUAUUGGACUGUUCCCGAAAUUGAUUCGUUAAAUACUGUUUCCCUAACUGGGUCUACACGUCCAGUAGGUGAAAUCAAUGCUUUGGUUGAUGAGCUCUUGGUGGUUGUUGAACUUCUAAUAGUGGCUGCAUCUCCUUCAUUGGCCUCAAAUGAUGUCCGAUGUUUACUUGGAUUCAUGGUUGACUGUCCACAACCUAACCAGGUUGCUAGGGUGCUGCAUCUUUUCUACAGAUUGGUUGUCCAGCCAAAUGCAUCUAGAGCUCACACAUUUGCAGAAGAAUUCCUGGCAUGUGGUGGUGUAGAAACUCUUCUUGUUCUGCUCCAGAGGGAAGCUAAAGCUGGAGAUAAUGGUGUCCUGGAUUCAUGGUCAACGAAUCCUAAACUUCACAAAACUGAGAUUGAUGGUGGUAAUGAAAUGACAAAAGGAAGUCAAGAGGAUGAAGGAUCGAAGGAGAAAAAUGAAGCCAUCUUACAAGACAAUGACCACGGUUCUCUAUCUGUUGAUAGUGGCAGUAGCCCAGAUCCUAUUUCUCCUGUAUUUGCCUCUGAAAUUCCUUCUGUCAAGAAUUUGGGAGGCAUAAGCCUAUCCAUUAGUGCAGACAGUGCUAGAAAAAAUGUUUACAAUGUUGAUAAAAGUGAUGGGAUUGUUGUUGGAAUCAUAGGUCUCUUAGGUGCAUUAGUAGCUUCAGGACAUCUGAGAAUUGGUUCCUCUGCUGGUCCUGAUACAACAAGCAACCUUUUGGGUGUUGGACUCCAUGACAAAGGUGGUACUAUGUUUGAAGACAAGGUCUCUCUUCUACUUUUUGCUUUACAAAAGGCAUUUGAAGCAGCACCCAACAGGCUAAUGACCAACAAUGUUUACACAUCUUUGUUGGCCGCCUCGAUCAAUGCCUCUUCUUCAGAGGAUGGGCUAAAUUUCUAUGAUUCUGGCCAUCGCUUUGAGCAUUCACAACUUUUGUUGGUGCUUUUGCAUUCGCUUCCAUUUGCACCUAGGCCUCUACAGAGCAGAGCGCUACAGGUAUUAGCUUAACAGUCAUGCAUCUAUUGUUUAUAAGUUGUGUUUUAUAUGAUUUAUGAGGUGUUUGCUGUUUCAUGUGUAUUGUUUUAUGAUGAAAUUCUCAGUACAGCUCACUUGUACAUUAAUGUACUGCUUAG